ACAAACUUGAAGCAGACUUGAGAAGAACUGAGAAACAAUGAAGUCCUUCAUUGGGAGUUUGGUAUAUUGCCUUUCUCUUCUGCUGGUCGAUCUCUGUGAAUCCUAUGACUUAACAACCCAUAACAACCCAUCCCAAAUUUUAGCACAAAGUUACGCACAAAGAAGAAAUAAUGCGCUUCAACACCGGACGCUGAACCCAGCAGCAACAGAUUCACAAUGUAGGAGCCGCCCACUGGACCUGGUCUUCAUCAUUGACAGCUCACGUAGCGUGCGUCCAGGUGAGUUUGAGAAGGUCAAGAUCUUCCUGGCUGACAUGGUGGACACUCUUGACGUUGGCCCCGAUGCCACACGUGUCGCCGUGGUAAACUAUGCCAGCACGGUCAAAAUUGAGUUCCUGCUGAAGAACCAUCUUACGAAGGACUCUAUAAAACAAGCCAUCAACCGCAUCGAACCCCUCGCCUCGGGAACCAUGACUGGUAUGGCCAUCAAGAAAGCCAUGGAUGAAGCCUUCACUGAAAAGUCAGGAGCGCGACCUAAAUCGAAGAACAUCUCAAAGGUUGCCAUAAUUGUCACUGACGGACGUCCUCAAGACCAAGUCGAGGAGGUGUCGUCUGCAGCACGAGCUUCUGGGAUUGAGAUUUACGCAGUCGGAGUGGACAGGGCUGACAAGCAGUCAUUGAAGCUCAUGGCAAGCAAUCCACUUGAGGACCAUGUGUUCUACGUGGAGACCUACGGUGUCAUUGAGAAGCUCACUUCAAAGUUCCGGGAGACAUUGUGUGAUAUAGAUACCUGUGAAAUAGGACACAGCUGUCAACACAUUUGUGUGAGCAGUGGCCACUCGUAUCACUGCAAAUGCCUCUCAGGCUUUGUCUUGAACGACGACAUGCGAACAUGCUCCAUUAGAGGCGCUGGCGCUUACGCACAUGGUGACAGUGUACACAAGGGUGACCGAAACAAAAAGAAUGAAGGCAACCAAAAUGGUAAAGGUAGUGCUAGUGUGGAUUCCUGUGCGUUGGGCCACGACUGCCAAUACACAUGCAUCUCCAGCGAUUCCUCUUAUUACUGCUCGUGUCCUCCUGGCUUUGUCUUAAUGCAGGAUAAGAAAUCAUGUUUUCAAGCCAGUGACGCUGAUCGAGAUGGUAGUGCCAGUCUGGACUACUGUGCGCUGGGUCAUGAAUGUGAACACAUUUGCAUCAACGAAGAUGCUUCCUAUCACUGUGAGUGCCACCGGGGUUUUGUGUUGCAAGAAGACAAGAAAAAAUGUUACAAAAAACAGGUGAAGGUGGAGAUCGUUCAGGACCCCUGCAUGUGUGAGGCCCGACUGGCCUUCCAGAGACAGACACAAACCUCCCUACAGGACCUCAACGCCAAACUUGCUGCUGUCACAAGAAAGGUUGAGCAAAUGGAAAACAUGCUGGGACGCAUGUAA